AUGCAAAACAACUUGCUGGCAAAUAAUGACGUGGUCCACAAGCUCCAGGAUGCUCAGCAGGAACACAAGGCCGCGAUGGAUCUGAUGUCGAAGCAUUUAUCUCAGAUCGCAACGUCCCUGAGCGACAUGCGAGGAAAUGAAGGGAGGAUUCCAGCCUCAGUAAAGCCACCAGAAAGGGCAAAUAUCAGCCAAGUUACCCUGAGAUCCGGGAAAGCAUAUGAAGGACCCAAGCUGAAGGUAAAUGAUGAAAUGCCAGUGCCGAUGAGCGAAGAUGUUAUCCACCCGGUCCAGCAAAAAGAGGAAGUUAGGGCAGAGGACAAUAUCCAAGCCGGUGACUUGGGAGGAUCGUUACCUCGGAUGGCUGACCCAUUUUUCUUAGACCCGGAGCCUGAGGUAGAAACUGAAAAAGUGAAGGGAGAGGCGGAAGAGCCCUCUAAGGAAGAUCCGACCAACGCAACAAAGAGGAUUAAACCUUUUCCCUACCGAGGGGAUGCCAAGAAGAAAAAGGACAACCCCGUAGAUUUCAUGGAGAUUUUUGGAAAGCUGGAGAUCAAUCUCCCGUUCCUGGAGGCUAUGAAGCUGCCCCCGUUCAGCAAAUUCAUUAAGGAGUUCAUUGCGGGCAAGGCAAAAUCCGAUGGAAAGAUCGUGAUCGGGGAGAAUGUAUCUGCAGUAAUUCAAAAGAGGAUAAUGCCGUCGAAGCAAACUGACCCAGGAGCAAGAAUGACUGAUACGAAAGUGGUGAUCCAGUUAGCUGAUAGAUCAUGCAUUAGCCCUGAAGGAGUGUUAGAAAAUGUGAUAGUAAAAGUUCAUGAUUUCCUAUACCCUGCUGAUUUCCAUGUGAUAAAGAUGAGUGAAAACGAAACUGCUGAGUCUAGUGGCGAGUUUCUUGAGACCGAACUAUUGCAGGAACAGGCUGAUACCUCGGAGAUGACAGAAUCUAUGAGAAAAGAAGUUGCAGGAUGGUGA